AGAGAGAGAGAGAAAGAAUGACUUAUGGUCCAAGGCUUAAAGCGUUAGCUAUAACUAUCUUCUUUUCAAAGUUAGAAAAUCUGCGACGCUCUCUCUUCUUUCUUUGCCUUCUUCCUCUCCGUUUCACAUCUGGGGUGGUAUCGUCAGCUAUCCGUUUGAGGUAGUAUGAAUGAAAGCUACAGCAAUGCAAGUGCAAGUGCAAGUGCAAGCUCGAGCUCGAGUUUGAAUAGCAGCUUCCAGGAUACAGAGGAUGACCAAACCAUCGCAAGCAUCUUAGGGGAAGAAGAAAAUUCAAAACUUAAUGGCAGGCUUGGGAAGAGACUCUCCCAUUUGGAUUCCAUCCCCCAUACUCCGCGGGUUAAUGGGGAGAUUCCUGAUGUAAAUGAUGCAACCUUAGACCAUGAGCGGCUGUUUGAAAGGUUGGUCACAUAUGGGUUAGCUGAACUGCAAAUGGAGGGUGAUGGGAAUUGUCAGUUUCGAGCUUUAGCAGAUCAGUUGUUUCGCAAUCCAGACUAUCACAAGCAUGUAAGAAAGCAGGUCAUCAAGCAGCUAAAGCAUUUCAGAAAAUUAUAUGAAAGUUAUGUCCCAAUGAAGUACAAAAUCUACCUAAAGCAGAUGAAGAAAUUAGGUGAGUGGGGAGAUCAUCUUACUCUACAAGCGGCUGCUGACCGAUUUGGAGCCAAAAUUUGUUUAGUCACCUCUUUUCGUGACACUUGUUAUAUUGAGAUCCUUCCCAAAGACAACAAUCCGACCAGAGAGCUGUGGCUGAGCUUUUGGAGUGAAGUACAUUAUAAUUCAUUGUAUGGAAGUGGAGAUGUUCCCACCAGGGUUGCCAGAAAAAAGCAUUGGCUUUUCUAGAGUUAAAACUGUUCGUUUACUCCCCAAUACUGGCCAGCGUUUACUUGAUGACAUUGCGCUUUUUUGUAUAUGAAAAUGCAUUAUAGUUUGAUCCUGCAGCUUCAGUUGUAACUCUUACUUGAUAAAGAGGAUGGUGGAGCCUAGUCUACCAUGAAACUUUUUACAUUCUUUUUAUCUUUCUCUUCAUUUCCUAAAUAACAACUAUAUUAGAAUUGUUAUCAGCCUUGUAUUUCAAGAAGCAGACACUUUUUAUUA